AUCACUGCGUUUGCCAUACACACAAAGCCAUAUCAUGGAGAAGCAAGUUUGUCCUAUUUUAUUUUUCAUUUUAGGACUGAAUUUCGGUGAUUCGGCCCAUCUCUUUGCUCCCCAGGAGGUUACAGGACAGUUGAGAAAAUCGAUUAUCCUACCAUGUAGUUAUAAAGCAUCCCAUUUUUACACUGAAAAACAAGUUACCUGGUACUUCGGGAAACACGGCCCUAUUCUACACAGAAAUGCAUCAGAGGUGCACACUUUCCCUUCAUUCAACCAGAAAAAAUUGAGUAUAAACAGUAAACCUAGGUCUGGUAAUGUCUCACUCACCCUUGAAAACCUGCAGUACAGUGACAUGGGAACCUACACUUGUGAGGUGACAUUUCGGCACUUUUAUGAACUAUUUCACAGAAAGGUCAUCAAAGAAUCAGUCGACAUCACUUUAUUUGUGAAAAGAUCAAUUCAACCCACUAUGAUGAGUGUCAUGUCCACCUCAGAAUCCAGCAGGACAGAAAUUGCGCUCUGGGUAUUUGUGCUGUCGAUCAUCUUGAUUCUAGUAUUUUGUGCUAUUAUCGUUCUCACUGUCAUUCUCCAAUCAAAGAAGAGAGGGAACAUGCACCAAUCACAAAGGCCUUUUUUUCCAGAGAACAUGCACCAAUCACAAAGUGUCACGUACGAAAACUUCCCCCAGGUUUUCGCUCCGAGCAGCGAAGAGGUUGAAGCCAGUCACGAGUACGAGGUGAUGAACAAAACCAAUGAGAACGAAUAUGCAAUGAUGUCAGGGGCUUAUCCCAGAGAAAUGGAAGAAUUGUAUAUUUCAGUGGAAUGA